CAGAUUGCAUUUGCGCUCCUAGUAUUCCUCCAAUCCAGUCUGUACCACAGUUUGUGUGACACUGAUGUCCUGCAACCCUUCCUUUAAAGGCUUCCUUGUGGAGUCUGGAUUGUCUCUCUUUGACAGCUGCAUGGUUUCAGGUCAUAUUUUUUGUUCCAUCCAUAGUCAAGCUUCAGCAGUGAACACUUUGGCAUCCUCUGCCUUUAUUUGGUCUCUCAUUGUGACAUAGCCAACCAGGAAACGCUUUCUCAAACCAUUCAUUUAUAGUCACUCUUGCUUUGUCAUGAUAUCCAGAUAGUUGGUGAACUAGCUGAAAGUUGUGGUCUCAAAUAAUGCAUUUGCUUGUAUCGUAUCAGUUAUUUUUUUGAGUUUCUUAGUUUAACUUGUUUUUGUUUGUUCCCCAGAAUUAUAUCACUAAGAAGUCAAACCAUCUAGCAGAAUUGAGCUUUAUUCAGGAGGAAAUGUUCUGCAACACAUCAGUCUGAGUUUCCUCUCUGUACUUUUGAACUUAAAAGAUUAACAAGUUAAAAAGCGGAAGGACUUAUUUAAAGGUUAUUAGAAGCACCUUUUCACCACAAAACAAACAAACAAAGUUACCAACAUGACUGACAUUGAACUAUUUUUCAGCAAUCCUCACCUUUAAUGUGAAGAUUACUUUAGAGAUUUCUUUAAUUUUAAAAACAACUCUCAAUCCACUUUCACUGGCAGAAACGAUUAUAACUUUUAAAAUACUGUCACUUGCUACAAAUAAGGUGUGAUGCAAAAACUCGUUUCUCCGGGUCUUCCACUCCUUCAAGGCAUCUGGGCUACAACAACCUGCUGUCUUUCCCUGCAGGCUUAAUUUGUUUAGUUAACCAAACAUUUCAAGAGUUCAUAUCUAGUUUCUCCAGUCAGGUUCGUUGGAAAAAAACUGAGCAAGAAGCCACAUCCUAACCCCUGGUAAUAUAACCCUUGAAGUGUUGCUUCAUCAUGUCUCGUCCUGAGCACUCCUCUCCAGGAUUGCUGUAGUACUUUGCAGGGAAGUUCGUGCGCAGAGGAAACGCACACCCAUUGCGUUUAGUUCGAGCCAUGGCGCGGUCGAAAGCAAAGGUUUAUCUCUGUUGCGCGCUGAUUCUGAUCAGCUUUAUAUCCAUAAUUGUGUGUAUAGCUGUGUUUGCAAGGCGCAGGUGUCCAAGUGUAUCUUUCUUUAAAGCAGCAGUCGCCACAGACUCAAAGAUAUGCUCGGAAAUUGGAAGGGGCAUACUUGAAAAAGGGGGCUCUGCGGUAGAUGCCGCUAUUGCCGCGCUGCUGUGCACUUUUUUGGCGAAUCCGCACAGUGCAGGGAUUGGAGGGGGCUCCAUAUUCACAGUGAUGGACAGCUCUGGUGAUGUCAAAAUCAUCAACUCCAGAGAGGUAGCGCCUGCAAAAGGGAAAUCUGACUUGCUGAAGUCCUGUCCUGAGAAGAGCAUGACAGGUGUAAAAUGGAUUGGAGUUCCAGGAGAAAUUCGUGGAUAUGAAGCGGCUCACAAGCUGUAUGGAAAGUUGCCCUGGGCUGAUCUCUUUCAGCCCACCAUCAAGCUGGCAAGAAAGGGAAUGCCCAUCUCUGAUAUCCUACAUUCAUACAUUAAGCAAAUCCCAAAUUCAAAUGAGACCCAGUCUUUACGAAAAUUAUUUACAGACGACAACAAUAACUUUCUUAAAGCUGGAGACUUUGUAAAGUUUGAAAAACUGGCAGACACUCUGGAGAUGAUUGCAAACCAAGGAGCAGAUGUCUUUUAUACUGGAAAAAUAGCAAAAGAUUUAGUCCAGGAUGUGAAGGCAGCAGGAGGAACACUUGAGCUUCAGGACCUGGCAUCAUACAAUGCUACCUUGACUGACGCCUGGAAUGUGUCUAUGUGGGAGUAUCAGAUGUACUUCCCCCCACCGCCUGCAGGAGGAAGCCUCCUCACCCUCAUCCUCAACAUCAUGAGAGGUUAUCAGUUAAAUCCAGAAGGUCUGACUGGGGAAAAAAAGACACUAUUUUAUCAUCGUUACAUUGAAUCUUUCAAGUUUGCAAAUGGACUGAAGAAAUACAUUCGAGAUCCAAGGUUCACUUCGGAAAAGAGGGCAAAGCAAUUCACAGAAGAAAGCUUUGCUGACCACAUACGAAGCUUGAUCACAGAUGACAAGACGCAUGACCUCCAGUUUUACAACGUUACUCCACACCUGGACAGCAUUGGCACCACGCAUGUGUCGGUGCUACAUGAAGAUGGAUCUGCCGUUGCUGUCACCAGCACCAUAAACACCAUUUUUGGGUCCAUGGUUGUGUCUCCAAAAACAGGCAUCAUCCUGAAUAACGAGUUGAAAGACUUUUGCGGGAGAGCGGACAGUAUCUUACCUGGAGAGCGUCCCCCCUCAUCCAUGUCCCCCGUUGUGCUGAGGUCUAAAUCAAAGACACUAGUGAUUGGAGGAUCUGGUGGGAGUAUGAUUACGACAGCAAUGGCAUCGGCUCUCAUUAACCAUCUAUGGUUAGGAAAAAGUCUUGAGGACGCUAUUAAUACGUCUGUGGUUUUUGUGGAUAAUACAAAUGCAGUGAAGUUUGAACCUGAUUUUGACAAGGAUGUGAUUGAGGGUCUUAAAGCACUGGGACACAGCCUUGCAACGACCACAAGAUUUUACAACGUUGUUAACGCUGUGGAGAAAGAGGAUGGCUGCAUCUUGGCUGUGUCUGAUGUCAGAAAAAAGGGAGAGCCAGAUGGUUACUAAGCUCAAAUAAGAUGAUUGUCACUAAAAUAAUUUUGGAAAUGUGAAAACAAAGAAAAAACUGCAGAAUGUGUACAGUACAGACCAAAAGUUUGGACACACCUUCUCAUUCAAAUGAAUGGGAAGGUGUGUCUAAACUUUUUGUCUGUACUGUAUAUCUGAAAAAAACAGUGCAGAAGGGUUCCACCAACUGAACUCACAUUGAUAAUAUCAACAAAUAGCUAUUUUAUACAACCUUUUUUAAAACAGUUUUUGACCUUAUACAAUAAAGCAAUUCCUCUUUAUCGAAUGUUUUACCUUGUUUGAUUUUGUAAUGUUUAACAUUAAUUUCAUUACUUCAAACAUUCAACAUCUCCAUCUUUCUGUGUAGGUGAUUCUGGUUAUAGUAAUUGCAUCCAGGUCAAAAAGAAUGUUUCAAGCUCUAUAAAUUGGUUUCAUUUGGCAUCAUACAUUCUUCCUCUUUGUCGCAAAGUGAGAACUGUUUUGUUAUUUAUAAAAUGGCUGCAAAUGAAACAUACAUCACUUCUUGUCACUAAUAAAAAAAAUGUCUAAAGGUAAGCAUGCCCAUAGUUACAGAAACUGAGAAUAUUGGAACUCUACAUUUUUUACUCACAUAAA